AUUGGGAAGUAGGGAAUGGUAAAAUACUUAGAUAGCAGAGAUAGAUGGCAAAUUCGAGGUAUACCCCCUCUGCAUUUUUUUCCCUGCUAAAACAGCACUGCACUUUGACUAUGGAAGCAGAGGCUAUUGAUGGCUACUUAACAUGUGACAAUGAGCUUUCACCUGAAGGGGAGCACGCCAGUAUGGCCAUUGACCUCACCUCAAGCACACCCAAUGGACAGCACGCCUCACCAAGUCACAUGACUAGCACAAAUUCCGUAAAGCUAGAAAUGCAGAGUGAUGAAGAGUGUGACAGGAAACCCCUGAGCCGCGAAGAUGAGAUCAGGGGCCAUGAUGAGGGGAGCAGCCUAGAAGAACCCCUAAUUGAGAGCAGCGAGGUGACUGACAACAGGAAAGUCCAGGAUCUUCAAGGCGAGGGAGGAAUCCGGCUUCCGAAUGGUAAACUGAAAUGUGACGUCUGUGGCAUGGUUUGCAUUGGGCCCAAUGUGCUUAUGGUACAUAAAAGGAGUCACACUGGUGAGCGCCCCUUCCACUGUAACCAGUGCGGAGCUUCUUUCACCCAGAAGGGCAACCUUCUGAGACACAUAAAGUUACACUCUGGAGAGAAGCCGUUCAAAUGUCCUUUUUGUAGCUAUGCUUGUAGAAGAAGGGACGCUCUCACGGGACACCUCAGGACCCACUCUGUGGGUAAGCCUCACAAGUGUAACUACUGUGGACGAAGCUACAAGCAGCGCAGCUCACUGGAGGAGCACAAGGAACGCUGCCACAACUAUCUCCAGAAUGUCAGCAUGGAGGCUGCCGGGCAGGUCAUGAGUCACCAUGUACCGCCCAUGGAAGAUUGUAAGGAACAAGAGCCUAUUAUGGACAACAAUAUUUCUCUGGUGCCUUUUGAGAGACCUGCUGUCAUAGAGAAGCUCACGGCAAAUAUGGGAAAGCGCAAAAGCUCCACUCCACAAAAGUUUGUGGGGGAAAAGCUGAUGCGGUUCAGCUACCCAGAUAUUCAUUUUGAUAUGAACUUAACGUAUGAGAAGGAGGCUGAGCUGAUGCAGUCUCACAUGAUGGACCAAGCCAUCAACAAUGCAAUCACCUACCUUGGAGCUGAGGCCCUUCACCCUCUGAUGCAGCAUGCACCAAGCACAAUCGCCGAGGUGGCCCCGGUUCUAAGCUCAGCUUAUUCUCAGGUCUAUCAUCCGAGCAGGAUAGAAAGACCCGUUAGCAGGGAGACGUCUGACAGUCACGAAAACAACAUGGAUGGCCCCAUUUCUCUCAUCAGACCAAAGAGUCGACCCCAGGAAAGAGAGGCCUCUCCCAGCAAUAGCUGCCUCGAUUCUACUGACUCAGAAAGCAGCCAUGAUGACCACCAGUCCUACCAAGGAAACCCUGCCUUAAACCCCAAGAGGAAGCAAAGCCCACCUUACAUGAAGGAGGAUGUCAAGGCCUUGGAUGCUACCAAGGCCACCAAGGGCUCUCUGAAGGACAUCUAUAAGGUUUUCAAUGGAGACGGAGAACAGAUAAGGGCCUUCAAGUGUGAGCACUGCCGAGUCCUUUUCCUAGACCAUGUCAUGUACACCAUUCACAUGGGUUGCCAUGGCUACCGGGACCCACUGGAAUGUAACAUCUGUGGCUACAGAAGCCAGGACCGUUACGAGUUUUCAUCACACAUUGUUCGAGGGGAGCACACAUUCCACUAGGCCUUUUCAUUCCAAAGGGGACCCCCAUGAAGAACUGCACAUGAAGAGAUACUGCACUUAUAACCCCACCUUCCCUCUGAUGGUGACCUUCUCUCUCCUUAAAUAGUGUCUCUGGCUAUGAUUCUUAUUUUGUGGACAAAAUGUCAUUUGCUCUGCCUGAUUAUAGUAAGAAAGAAACCCAAGAAAAGGGGUGGGAUACUCACUGGUAACCUGGCUUGUUUAUUUUGUGGGUGUUUAAAGCAGUCUAUUUCUGCCAUGCGUCCAGAUUGAGGCCUGUCCUGCUUUGGGAAAUCAUUUGGUUCACAGAGAUUCACCUAAAAUAUUCUGGUUUGCCAUUGAUGUUCAGGAUCGUGAUGGAAGAUAGGGAAAUUGAGAGUUUUCUGGAUAGGACUCUGGCAAUUUGAAAUGCUCUAAGUAAUUUUACCCUCAAAGAUGUUUCAAAAUGUAAGCCCGUUUUAUUUUCUGUUCGUAGAGAUGAUGGAACACAAACACAUUGUUUUUUCCACUAACUCCUUGGAUGAGUUGAAUUGUUGUGGGUUCUGUGUUUACCUCCCCUAUGGAAUUUAUAAUUCAGUAUGUUUUACACUGUAUCAUAUAGUAAAACUUUUAAACUACAGGUAGUUAGGGGCCACUGCGAUACACCUGAGGUCCUUUGAUCUUAUUUUUCUAAACUUGCUCACUGUUUUUCCAUAGUUUUGAUGACUGGCAUUUUAUAGACACCCUGGCAGCCUUACUUUUAACACCUGUAACAAAUAGUAUUUUUAUGUAGUUUUCAGAAUAACAUAUGGUUGGUCCGAGAGUGGAUAGGAGGCAGUCAGCAAUUUCCAGGAAGAUUUCUGGUUUUCACAAUUUGGGAUUUUCUUUUCAAUUGUAAUGUGACGGCAGCCUAAUAUCUGUUUUUGUUUCUAAAGAUGUGUUACGAUUGUCACUUUCUCCACAUUUAAUCAGUGUUAGCUGGUCAGCAGAAAAGUGUAAUUAGGCUAACAGUAGGGGAAAUCCCACUCUGAGAACCCUCGCCUGGUAUUUUUCUUCAAGCUGUGACCACUCAGUGUUCCGUUCUUAGUCCAUCCCUCUCUGACUCUUGGAAUAGAAGAUCUUAAGAAGCCUGGCUCCUUCUUUCAAAAUCUUGGAGCAACUGCUGAUUGGACCUGAAUGUGGUCAUUUGAACACUGGAAGGUCAUUUAUGAGCUAGGGCUCUUUAUUCCACCAUUUCUUCAGUAAUAACAGUUACUACCUUUGCUGCGGACAAAAGGGAACUUCUCUGUAACCUGAAUAUCACACCGCAGGUCAAACAAAAGAACUACAAAGUUUUCUUUUACCCUUCUUGGAGUUGAGAAUGUGACAGCCUUCAGGUGAAAGUCCUGCACUUUAAAAAAAAAAUUAAAAAUUCAACUCUAUAAAUCCUUGUCAGAAAUUAAUCUCAAUCCCUUAGUAGAUUCUCUGUCUUCUCUUUAUUUGCACAAGGCAUAUACUUCCAUAUGUGUAGCUUUUAAGGUGAUCUCUGUGAGUGCCUGGCUUUUUCUCUGGAGUUCACUGGCAUUUGUGGGUGGGAUUGGAGCACACUAUCCUAAGUCAUUUGGGGGAAUGCAUUUGGCAGACAUAACUCACUGCUUGUGUUUGAGGAAAACAGUCUGACCAUGACUGGAUUACCUGAUAGUCAUUUAUGAACGGGGAAGGUCCGAUACACAGUAAUAAUUGUUCAGCAGACCCUUGAACAGGGUGCAGAAACCUUGCAACUGCGGUGUGCUGUGGGUAGUAUCGAGACUGGAGAACGAGCCACCCAUGAGCUGUGUUCUCAUCCGUUUUCUUAAGCUCUAACAUAGCUAGGCCUAGGUGGGGAAGUUCUGACUGAGCUCUUUCACUAGCCCUAUCUUGGUUAUUUCUCGAGAAAUGUCCAGAGGAUUCCUUUACAUGUAAGAGAACACACCCAAAGAUAGAGCUAAUGCCGGAUGUUGGGUUUUUCAUAUUUUGUUGUCAUCCCUUGGUAAUUUGUGAAAACACAGCUCACUCAGGGACAAAGGGUCUUCUCAAGACUCCCUUUCCCCGCUUAGCUCUGUACACUCUCUCCCAAAUUAUGAUGGAAAUGCCAUUUCUGUGUGAGGGAGGUAAAUAAUGACAAGGCUCAUGUUUUUUUGUUUUGUUUUGUUUUUAUUGCAAUUUAACAAAGCUUUUGGAUGCCUGUCCAAGUGUUCAUAAUUUCGGCUGUGUGAAUUUCUGCUGGCAUCCUUUAUCAAUUUUCUUCAUUCUCUCUCCUCAUACCUACUGUAUUAAGAACCACGCCUCUCCCUGCCCUAGGACUGAGCUGAAUUUAAGUGUACAUAAAGAUUUGUGGACCCCCCCCCAUGAAGAUGGCACUAACAUACUCUCUACCUUUCUAAUUCCAUCUUGUUGGAAAACCUGAUUUAUUCAAAGAAAUUAGCUAUGACAGAAUGUUUGCUAUGCAGAUACACUAGCAGUUUUUAAAAGAUGCAUAACACAAGGUACAGGAUAAGGCAUAGAUGGCUGAGGCGUGACAGGGACAACAAGGACAAGGUGAUCUCAGAAUUGUAGGUCAUAGUAAAUUUUGUGGACAUAAUGCUGUCUGAGGGACUCUCAAUGACGUUUCCACCAAAGAGAAUUGGUGACAUGAUAGCGCCUAAAAAUAAGUGAGGGGUUCAGAUACCAAAUACAUCAACUUUGCCGAGCAGUUACAAGCCCAGUUUAUUUAAGCAAGAUUUUACAAUUCAAAGAGUAUUUGAGGGGCGUGAAAAUGGGUUAUCAUCUGUGUUUUCCAGUUGGGCAAAAAUUUAUCAGAUGACUGUCCUAAUCUUGCCCAGAAUUUUUUUUUUUUUUUUAAUCACCAGUUCUUUCUGGAGAAGCACAUUGCCUCUUUGCAAUAGUGAUGAAUGGCUGCUAUUAAGGCUCUCUAGAACAGUGGCCAGCAUGGUGAGCCCAAGGGAGAGGCAGGAACACUGCCAUUCAAACAUUCCGUUGAGAAAUUUCUGAAUAGAAUGGGGAAAUGAGAGUUGAUCAUUGAGAUUUAGGAUGAAGUAACCUGGCUGGCUGGCAUACACACAGGUGACUGAAGGCAUGACAUUUGCAGGCACAUGUGUAUCGCACAUUCUCGUAAUGAAGAGUCCUGGAAAGAGACGGUUAGCAUCUCCAGAUGUGUUAUGAAGCUUAGAGUUAGAAGUACAGCUGAUACAUCAGCACUUAGGUCUGCUUUACCAGGUUGUAUUAAGAAAUCCCAAUGUUAUCAGUGUGUCUUUAGGGCUAGUGGCAACUUAGAUUCCAAGUCUCCGUUUUCUACAUCCAGGGGGGAAAAAAAGUGAAACAAUGAAAAGAUAUUAAGUUGACUGCUGAAAAUUUAAAGAAAUAUGUAUUCUUUUUAUGAGAGGAAGAAAAUGCAGGAAAUAAUUUAGCAACUUGGUCUUGUAUUUGUGCUGAUCAUGUCACAGUUCCACUCUUCACAAGACCCCGACUUUUGUGUAUUCUAAAUUUUGACUUUGUAUUUUCUAAGUCUUACUUCAUCUUAUUUCCAAAAUGCUAAGUUAUGGUAGGAAGCUAAGCAGAGGAGGCUGUGCUGGACCAGGAAAGCUGCCUGCUCCUAGAUUCAGGACAGCGCUUGGACUAUCAAGGAUACCUGGCUACACAUGUUUCUUAGCCUUGAAUUAUUUGUUUAUUAUAAAAUUGUAGAUUUGUGGUCAUCAUCAGUUAUAUUUCACAUGUUAUUUUUAAAAAGUACUGUCUGUAUGUAUUCUACAGUUAAAACUCCCCAUAUUCAAAAGGGAAAAAAAAACAAGGGGUAAAUUUAAACUUUGUAUAUAUAAAAGUUAUUUUAUAAAUAUUUUAGUCUUCCAGUUUCUGCAAAAUAAUUAAAAUAUACAGUAACUGGUCUCUUAAAUCCUGAAUAUAAUGUAUUAAAUACUUAUAAAAUUUUAUAUUGGUGCCUUUUAAAAAUGCACUGAGAGUGUUGGUAAGCUGUUUUAGCUCUACCACACUUUUACUGUGUAUUUUUUUCUUAAAAAAAUCACAUAAAAUUUAAG